GGAGCCCAUGAAAUGUUUGUCAUGAUUUAGGGUCACCCAACGGUGAGAAAAAAUUUUGAAGUCAAUUUGAAAAGUUGUUUUCCAGCCUUCAAAGCCCCGAUGGAAAGCGGCGAGGAGCAGGUGCAGCUGGAGCUGGACAGGAUUUCGGAGGCGAGUCGCCGGGUCAGCACCUUCGAUGACCUCAUGGAAAUGACCAAUAACUCGGAGCGUCUCAUUGCGAGUGUCAACUCAAGCCUGGACGCCCUCAACUCCGCCCUAGAUCACCUGGAAGAGCGAACGGAGAACGUUCUCGUGGAGAUUCGACGGCUGAUCAGCUCGGAAAUGCAGACGCCGAAUCCUCACGAUGGCUGCGGAGAUCCAGAUGCCAGGGCAUAGGCGGAAAACCCAACCAAAAUUUACAUGUUGUGGAAUAAAAGCAUAGAAAAAUA